UGAUGACUCUUCUCUUCUAGGAGUCGAAUGUGGAAUACAUGCAGAAGUUGAAAAACAACUUGAAAUGGGCAAGAAGUUACUGGCAGCUGGCCAGCUGGCUGACGCCUUGUCUCACUUCCAUGCUGCUAUAGAAGGGGACUCUGAUAACUACAUUGCCUAUUACAGAAGAGCCACAGUGUAUUUGGCCAUGGGCAAAUCUAAAGCUGCAAUUCGUGAUUUAAGUAGAGUGGUUGAACUAAAGCAAGAUUUCACAUCUGCGAGAUUACAGAGAGGCCAUUUACUUCUUAAGCAAGGAAAAUUUGAUGAAGCAGAAGAAGACUUCAAAAAUGUGCUCAAAUCUAAUCCCAGUGAUAAUGAGGAAAAGGAAGCCCAGUCUCAGCUGAUUAAAUCUGAUGAACUGCAGCGCCUGCGUUCACAGGCAGUGUCUCUGUAUCAUCAAGAGGAUUACGCUACUGCUAUCAGUCUCCUUGAUAGCAUUCUAGAAGUUUGCAUUUGGGAUGCAGAGCUGCGUGAGCUUCGUGCUGAAUGCUAUAUAAAGGAAGGGGAACCAGGCAAAGCUAUUAGUGACUUAAAAGCUGCUACCAAACUAAAGAAUGAUAACACUGAAGCCUUCUAUAAAAUCAGCACAAUAUACUACCAGUUGGGGGACCAAGAACUGUCACUAAGUGAAGUCCGAGAGUGUCUGAAACUUGACCAGGACCAUAAGCUGUGUUUUUCUCACUAUAAACACGUAAAGAAACUUACUAAGCAAAUCGAGUCAGCAGAGGAACUCAUCAGAGAAGGCAGGUACACAGAUGCCAUCAGUAAAUAUGAAUCUGUAAUGAAAACUGAGCCAAAGGUCCCUAUUUACACUACUCGUGCCAAAGAAAGGAUCUGUCACUGCUAUUCAAAGAAUGAGCAAUCUGCUGAAGCCAUAAAAGUUUGCACAGAAGUUCUGCUGCAGGAACCAGCUAAUCUGAAUGCUUUAAAAGACAGAGCAGAAGCCUAUUUAUUAGAAGAACAAUAUGAGGAAGCUAUUCAAGAUUAUGAAACUGCUCAGGCCAAUAGUGAAAAUGACCAACAGAUUCGUGAAGGCCUAGAGAGAGCCCAGAGGAUGUUGAAGCAAUCUCAGAAGAGAGACUACUACAAAAUUUUAGGAAUAAAAAGAAAUGCAAGAAAACAAGAAAUCAUAAAAGCGUACAGAAAGCUAGCAUCUCAGUGGCACCCCGAUAACUUCCAGAAUGAAGAGGAGAAGAAAAAGGCAGAGAAAAAGUUUAUUGAUAUAGCAGCUGCUAAAGAAGUACUGACUGACCCAGAAAUGAGAAGGAAGUUUGAUGCAGGAGAAGAUCCACUGGAUGCAGAGAGCCAACAGGGAGGAGGAAACCCUUUUCAUAGAACCUGGAACACAUGGCAAGGAUUCAACCCUUUCAGCUCUGGAGGACCAUUUCGAUUUAAAUUCCACUUUAAUUAGAACCAAGACUAAUUUUCACUGCUUUACAUAACAUUUUUAUUUAAAAACUCUGUCCAGGAUUCAAAUACAAUUUACAUUUCACAUAUGUUGCCCUUACCUAAAGAGUUAGUUUAUUAGACGAGAGCUAGCUCUUUAUUACCAAAAGAAAAAAAAGGUUUUGCUGUGGUAUGAAUUUGUGGGUGGACCAGGAUUUUCUGUUAGCACUAGUAUAUUUGUAGUAGUACAUGCAGAAAUCCUAAGUUCUGCUGAGGAAGAAACAUUAAGACCCAAAAAAAACGUAAACACGGGCUUAAAUCCUAUCAAAGUCAGACACUUAAGCAUGUGCUUAAAGUUAAGAACAUUUUUAAAUGCUCUUGGAACCAGAGCCUAAUAGUUGUGUAAAAAGUUACUUUGUAUAUCAGUCUUUGUAGUCACAAAUGAAAAUAUGAGUUACCAUAUGCAGGGUGAUGAUCUCUCUUUCAAUAUGCAUACAGAGAAAGAAUACUGACUUGACCAGCUGCUGCAUUUUAUUUUUUUAUGUCACACUGAUGCCAUAUAGAGUGAAGAGGCCACUGCAGAUCAGAUUUAAUAAGUUUCUUUAAAAUAUUAUUGUUACUGACAUUUUGAAAAUGCCUACCUACUUCCAUUUGCUUGACAAUCUGAAAUCAUUUGGAAUGAUAUUUUUCAGUUAUUAUGGCAUCUGUCAGACAUGAAAGUUAAAAAUUCCCUCAUUUUGAACAUUUUGCUUCUGAAUGAUACUUUAAAUAGCCAGAGUUUCUUGACUGGUUUUGUGUUUUUGUACUUUUUACACAAUACCUGCUUGAGAUUUGAGCAGGGCAAAUUAAUGUGACAUCUCCUUAAGUAUGCAGCAGCUUACAUCCGAUUUUAAUAAAUAAGUAAAAAUGUGUAAAAGGUAACUUCUACUAGAAGCAGGUGUUACCUAAACAUAUGUUGUUUCUCUGAUUAUACCACAUAUUUAAGUGUCUGAAUGUAAUUCUGCAGUCACAUGGCGCUCAGAAGUGCACUUUGACAAGUCUUUGAAGUAAAUGACCACAUCACAUCUUUACGUGUGUGCGAGGAGCAUUACCAGGCUCGCUGGGAGUGGGGGAAUAGCACUUUAUGAGUGGGGGGUGGGAGUGACUCAGAAGCUGUUGCGAAAGGGGAAGGGGGUCAGUGUGGCAAUGCUGACUCAUCCCCAGGGAGUGGAAGGCCUGGGGAGUUGGAAAGGGGCAAGUCAGGUGGAAGAAGCCCCUUUUUUCUUUCUGGUACCAAGCAGAGUAGAACCCACCCUCCAUCCUUUUGAGGUGGCAGAACACAGCAGGUGUGUUCAGGACCUGCUGUGAUCAUUGCACUAACCACUCCUCUCCAGGAGGACUGGAAAGGACUUUCUUCUCACCCCCCGAUUGGCCAAGAUGCAGUGGGUUUUUUUUACCUUCCUCACAGUGGGUUUAGAGGGGAGCUCUGUGAUGGUGAAUAGGGAGGGGAUAUAAGCUAUGAUAUAAGGAGUUAUGUAGGUGUGGGUGGAUUCCAGUGCAGGUACUCCAGAGGCUGGAUACAUGGCUUGGUACAGGACUUUAAAAGGUAUUUGUUAAAAGCGUUGGAUUGGGGAGGAGGGUUAGUUGAGGGUCCUACAAUUGGUACUGCAGCAAGCCAGACUCCUCCCUUCUUAUAGCCCACUGUUGCCCUUGUUUCAGGCAAGUAUGGUCAGGUCCCUGCAAUGGGUUGGACUGGGGGGACCUAAAUGGAGAAAGUGGGGAGCUAGUGGAAGUUCCCCGGUUAGAUAUUGAAUGAACGUGCAGUUGCCUGCACUGUACGCUCUUCUUUGUGAAGCAGUCCCAGCCAUCUGAUAAUUAAAGUUGCUGCCUGAUUAAACCCA